UUGGAAUUGUGGCAAUUGAAAUGGCUGAACAAAAAACUCCUUAUGACAGUUUCACUGCUCGAUCGGCUAAAUACCACAUAGCCACAAAAGGGACCCCACAGCUGCGGCAGCCCGACCAAUUCUCACCUUUGCUGCGUGACUUCCUGAGCUGCUGCCUGCAGAAAGGCGAGGCGCAGCGCUGGUCUGCCAAGGAGCUGCUGCAGCAUCAAUUUAUAACAUCGGCCAUGCCUGGGUCCAGCCUGGCACCACUCAUCAUGGCAGUGAAGAAGUGGAAGGAGGAGAUAUGAAUGCACCAAUCAAUUUCAAACUGUUUUUUCCAUGCCCAACUUAGAGUAGGACUGUAGAGUAGGAUUGUAGAGUAGGAUUGUAGAGCAGGACUGUAGUGUAGGAUUGUAGUGUAGGAUUGUAGAGUAGGACUGCAGUGUAGGAUUGUAGUGCAGGAUUGUAGAGUAGGAUU